AUGGCGACCGAGGGUCACUCCGAGUACGAGUCGGUCCUCUGUGUCAAACCUGAAGUCAACGUUUACCGAAUCCCACCUAGAGCAUCCAAUCGGGCUAUCAGGGCUGCCGAUUGGAAGCUGGAUGCUCCCGACUGGACGGGACGCAUGCGUCUGACGGCCCGGGGCAAAGUGGCCUACGUGAAAUUGGAAGACAAAAUCUCUGGGGAGCUGUUUGCCCAAGCGCCAGUGGACGAGUACCCUGGCAUUGCAGUGGAAACAGUCAGUGACUCAAGCCGUUACUUUGUGCUCCGCAUCCAGGAUGACAACGGACGCAGUGCGUUCAUAGGAAUUGGCUUUGGAGACCGAGGCGAUGCCUUUGACUUCAAUGUUGCACUCCAGGACCACUUCAAGUGGGUUAAACAGGAAAAUGAAUUCACCAAGCAGGCACAAGCUCCUGACACCACCCCUAAACUGGACCUUGGCUUCAAAGAAGGACAAACCAUCACUCUCAAUAUUGGGCAAUCAAAAAAGAAGGACAGGUCCCGUCCGCAGAGUUCAGGUGGUUUAGGGCUUCUUCCACCUCCUCCGGGGGGAAAGUUAGCCCCACCCCCUUCAUCCAGAUCUACCAAUCAUAACACACAACCGUCUGCAGGAGGAAGUGACACUGGUUUUUUGCUAGACCUGGACUCAAGCAACUCCAACUCAGCGGCUCCAUCCAACCCCACCACCACAGCCAGCUCUGACCUGUUGGGAGACUUUGACUCUAUGUCCUCGAAGUGAGGAGGGAUUCGUUUUGUUUUUCUCCCUCUUCUCUCUCUGUAAAUGUAUGCAGCACUUUUUGCAACUUUGUUUUCCCCGUUAUGGGGUCCCUUAUCUCUCCCUGCCAAGCAGGGUAACUCCCUGUACUAGUUUCUUUUAUUUUAGUUCAGUCCAAAGUCCAGUCUUAAAUAGAGAGAUUUAGAACUAUGGGCCAUCUCCAUCAUCUCUCUGUCCCCGUCCUUCUUUGGGAUCAUCUUCCCUCUCUCCUUCUGUAUCUCCACUGUAGUGCUUUAGUUUACAUUCUCCAGUGUGAACUUCGCCUUUGCCCCUUUUGUCCUCCUCUCAACGUUUUAUUUGCUAAUUUCUAUCGUAGAGUAUACAUAGCAGAAAUAUGAUCAAGGGAGCCAUGAUUAGAAACAUCUAACGGUGAAAUUUAAUAAAAUAUAAUUAUGAAUGAAUUUUAUGUACAGAGAAUAUUUAUGUCAAUGUAUAUAUAUUGUCUGUAGUUUGUAAUUAUUGUCGGUGGUGUUGUCACAUGUAGCUUAUAUUUCUCCAAGUCCCAAGCAGUGGGACUGACGAUAUGCACUGACUGGCAGUCUAGUCUGUCUAUGUAGUUAGUAAUGCAUAAAGUCUACAUUUAACGCAGGGAUUGUUCAAAUCUUAGACUUAGAUUAUAGUGAAUUUUACCACAAAAUGAUUUUACUUGAAAGAAGCGUGUUAAGCUGCAGCUGAUUUACAGAAUAUUUGCGCUCUGUAGCACUCUCUAGUGGGCUUUUACUGCAUCAUUUUGAGAGAUGCCAAAUUGAGCUGCAGCUGUCAAGCACAUAUUUCACUGGGGAUGGGUCUUGGGCACUGCUUGUAUUGCUUUAACUGUAGAUCAGUACAAAGAGUCAGGGAAGUAGGAAUGUUGGAUGCGACUGGGUGUCACCAAAAGAAAGAGAAGCAUCAAGUGCUUUUAUCUUUGCCUCAAGGGGAAACAGAGAUGAUUUAGUUCAUGUUAUGUCAUCUCAACUCAGCACAGCUGUUAAAGAUGUGACUGGUGAGUCAUUUAGGUCAUGACCUCUCUCCUGCUCAAUGAAUAGGUCUGUGUUUCUGCACGGCUUCGUCAGUCUGUGUAGAGCUUCACCUCCUUCGUUCUUUAUGAGAGGGUGGUCAGGUCAACCGCAGCAUGUCGUACUGUGCAAAUCAGUUUGAACUGUGAACUUCAAUUCCAUGUUAAGAUGUGGUGUUAUUUAUGAUAUUCUGAUGCAGACAAGUGCAACGUGGGACCAAGCUCAUUUGUGUUUGAUGCAGU